AUGUCCAAACUCUCACCCGCUCUCAAACAAUUGAUCAAUGCGCCGUUUGCGCGUCCUGGAGCUUUACCCGCUCCGCAAGGCAUCAAGGCGGUUUACCAGAACUUGGCUAGGGAUGCUAAGGAGAGAGGUGUUGGACAGCCUGCUUGGGUGUCGAUGGCUACAGCAACGACCAUGACGAUGAACUCUCCCGAUUCGCUGGUAGAGCUGUUCCAUGUCGCAGCUCCUGAGAACGAUUCAGUCCAAACGGCAGAACUGAUGAGGGAGGUGGGAUUAAAGUGUAUUGGGUUCAAUGGCGUGCCCCGUACCAUCAACAUGCUCAACGCCUUCCGCGACUCCCUGCCCCAAGAAAUAAUCUCCUCGCUCUCCACAACACCAACCCGUAUCCCUUCUCCCUCCAACAUAACAGCCAUGUCCUCCCGCGGCGAAGACCUCUGGAAAUCAAUCUACGACCCUUUCGACAAGAAGUUGUACGAUAAACUCGCUUCCUCGCAUCCCGAUCUCCCCGUCCACAUUCUGCACUCCGAAUACGGUGCGCUGUUUGCCGAUCCCGAGGAAAAGGUCGCAGGGAAAGUGGGAAGAGUGUUGACGAGUAUUGUUGCAGUCAGUUGUUUGAGGACGCAGACGGGGGUGGGGCCUCAGGUGUUGAGUCAUGUGUUUGGACUUAGGAAGGCGUUUAAAGAUGGCACGGCGGAGAAGGAGGUGCAGGGUGGUGAGUGGUUGGCUGGUGAUGAGGGUAGUGUUUGGCUUUUGGAGAGUGUGGAUAGACUUGUGGAGGCGUUGAGUGGAGGGAAGGGGUCAAGCUAUGCGCCUGGACUCAAAGCGAAACUCUAG